AUGACCCAGAGCAUAAUACGGGCGGCAUGGGCACCGGCCGGCGCGCGAAAUGCAAGCUCGGCUCUUCGACAGCAGAAGAGGAGCCAGGAUGCCAUGGCUAGGAAGAGUCGCAGCUCAUAUGAGUCGCCAUCCGGCCUGGCGCAGACGGCGCAGGAGAACCUGUCCCAAUCGAGCAAACGUUCACACAGUCUUCUCGACUUCCUACUUCCUCGAACAUUCGUCCCUCUCCCCCUUUCCAAAGCGCCCAGCGGCAUAGCCAAUUUCUUCGAGUACUACUGGGCGCGUAUACGCUUCCGCGCCGUCGACAUAUUCUCCCUUUUUGCUAUUAAGAUGGGCUCCAAGCCCUCCUACUUCAAGAAGGCGCGCUUCACGCUCAACCGCACCUCCGUCAUCCCCACCGCCCGGGCGCUGCACCGCACCAUGUCCGAGGCGCUCGCCAGCGGCGACAAGGAGACGCUGCAGAAGGUCUGCGCCACGCAGCUGUACCUCGACCUGUGCCGGGCCAUCGACCAGCGGCCGCGCGGGCGGCGCUACGGCUGGGAGGUCGUCCGGUACACGCGGCCGCUGCGGUUCCCGCGCAUCGUGGACCACAAGCUGGCCAUCUUCGGGGACGCGGCGUCGGGCGCGCCGGGGAUCCGGCAGGCGGUCGUGGCCAUCUCGAGCCGGCAGCGGCGCGUCGAGUACGACGACGCCCGGGGCGGCGCCGCGGUGCCGGGCAGCGAGCGGGAGAUGGACGUCGUCGAGUACCUGGUCAUCAACCGCACGGUGGACAUGAAGACGUACGCGCAGAGCGACUGGCGGGUCUGGGGCACGCUCAACGAGACCUCGCUGCCGCAGCUGCGGGACGACAUUGCCCUCAUGAACCGCGCGCAGGAGGAGGAGAAGCAGAAGAUGAGAGAGAAGCGCAAGGACAGGCUUGCGGCGAUUAGGAGGUCGGGACAAUAG